AUGUCAACAAGACAAGGUCCAGGAAUAAGAAUAAGUAUUGAUAGAGGUGGUACGUUUACCGAUUGUAUCGGUAUAGUCCCAGUUCCAACUUCCAAAGAAUACCCAACAGGAAGACGUGAAAUUGUAAUAAAACUUCUAAGUGAUGAUCCUCAGAAUUACCCUGACGCUCCUCGCGAAGGUAUUAGAAGAAUAUUAGAAAUUGCUACCGGAAAACCUCACCCGAGAAAUAAACCAGUGGACACCUCUCUUAUAGCAAAUGACGGUGCCGAUAUAAUUAAAGGCAUUUCUGGAGAAUAUGUAAAGGUACUUCAAAAACCAGCCGAUGCGUACCUAACACCAUGUAUUCGUAAAUACAUUGAUGGAUUCGUUUCUGGAUUCGAUGAAAACAUGGAAAAAAAUACAAGGCUAGAAUUUAUGCAAAGUGAUGGUGGUCUUGUACCAGUUAAUAAAUUCUCUGGAUUUAAGGCCAUAUUGUCAGGACCCGCGGGCGGUGUCGUUGGCUACGCAUCAACAUCAUUUAGUGAGAAUGAACGUGAUCCAGUAAUUGGUUUCGAUAUGGGAGAUGUUUCUCGAUUUGAUGGUCUAUAUGAACAUGUUUUCGAAACGACUACUGCGGGAAUAACCAUCCAAGCACCUCAACUUGAUAUAAAUACA